GAAAUUCGCAGAAAAACAUGGUUUUGUGGAUAUUCCAAAGAAGAAGAUUGUGAAAACAAAAUUCAAACUGGUGAAAUCGGGAAUUUAUUCCUGCUCAGGCCCUCAUCCAGGGUUUCAUUUUAUAAGCAGCGAAACUAUAACAUCGACUGGAUACUCAGACUUUAUCAGCACAAGCAAUCGAAUCACAUCAAUGUCCACACCAACCAGUGAAUCUGGGAUCGAAUCAAAUGAAGAACAACAUGUUGAUGAAGAUGUUGGGAAAUUUGAAAAGGCCAAAUCUCAAACACAAUCUUUUAGAGAUAUAGGCGUUAAUACGUCCUACCAAAAACAACAAAUUGUGAAUAAUUAUGAAGAGACCGAGGAAUCUAGAGAAUCGACGAAUGAGGUGUUGGAUUGGAAUAAAUUAGUUGCCUUCAAAGAAGAAAUUUUCCAAAUGAAUGCUGAUUUUAUGGCAGAAGUCAGUCGAGAAGAGCUAAGAGAGGUUCAGCCUACACGAAAUCUGCUUUCCAGCAUUAACAGAACUGUCACUAGGUACACCAAGGAAAUUGUUGUGUUUUAUGUAUUUUUCAGAAUAGCGACAAUCAUUUUUUUCUUUUUUUGCUAAUUCUUUCAGUUUAUUUUGUUCAUUUAGAUUUUGCUUCUUCUGCUGUUAUUCAAAAUUGUCAAGCAUAUCUAAAUUUUGGCAACGUAUAUAUUGUUUUAGUACAAUAUGCAAUUGCAAAUACAAAAAAAAAAUUACCAAAAAUCCUAAAAAGUGUACUUAACGAAAUUUUUUCGAUCUUUAUAGAUUAUUAUUAUUUUAUCAUUGUAGUACUAUUGUAUGAAUUUAUUUUGUAAUUAUUCAUAGUACUUUCAUGUAUGUACAUGCGUUUAUUUAUUUUUGA